GCCAGCAGUUGUCGAUUGUAUUAGGCGGGACAGAGCCGCUGCUGCACAAUGUCGUUUCUCGCCCGUUCAUUUCUGGAAGAUCCUCCCCUGGAAGUGCGAGGCCAUGCCUUCUCCGCGUCGCCCACUGACCAGCACACCACAAGAACUAGGCCAAGUGCCGGUCCAGGCCUCACAAAUGACCAAUUUAACGUACACACAACAAAGAUCAGAUGAGCAGAUGAGCGCUCGCGUGAGUGUCCGCUUGUCACAGGUCGGAACCAUCACGCCUUUUCUUUACGACGAGAGGCAGAGGGGCAGCGCCAACAAGAGCCACACCACGGUCGCUGCUGACAUAGAGGGCCUUUUCGAUGUCAAGACGACAAUGGUGCCUGUCUGGUAGGAAAGGAGGGGCACGGUCAAAGCCAUCCACACUCAUUGGUAUCACUCUGUGCAGCCGUCGUGUGCUGCGGCGGCCCGAAGAUGCGCCGUUUUUCGGCCCGAUUCCUCCCCCAGACAUGGGCGAUGACACGCCGGAGGGAAGCGCGCGCAUCAUUGCCUUCCUCUACAAGAUGUUCCACCCGUUUGAUGAAAGGUAUGAGAAGGGAGAAUCUAAAUGGCGAGCGGUGGUCGAUUGUCUGGUCCUUGUCGCGUGUUGCAGGCCUCAUCCGUCGGCCAUACUCGGGCCCUAUCUGGUCAGGGUGGGCGCGGUGCAGUGGAAACACAGGCCCAGGUGCGCAGCCAGCCAGCGACAAUGGCGUCACUGAUCAGCCUAUGGUGGUGUUUGGACAGGUGGAAGGAGGAGGAUUUGGCGCAUCCUAUCGGCCGCCUUGUGCGGUCCCAUCUUGUGGAGCGCGGCAUCCAUCCCCCGCUCCACCUCUACGUGCCGCCCGACAGCGCCCACAACGCCAAUAUCGCCCUCUCCCCCUAUCGCAUUCUCACACCCAAGGACGCCAAGCCCGAGCAAAUCAACUGUGCCAGAAGCGGCCAUCUUCUCAUCAAGAUGAACAACACGGACGCCCUUGUUCUCGGCGGGUUCACCCCUGACGCUCUUGACAUGACCCCGGUGUCGGACGAGGCGCCUCCUGCCCCUCCAGCUGUCCCAACUGCGUCGUGCAAUGCGCCGACGAGGAGCCAGGCGGCCACGGGGAGGCGGAAGGAGCAAGUGCUGGAUCCAGCUGUGCUGCUGCGGGUGGGGCAGUUCGUCAACCGCAGCGGCUUCAAUCCCAGGAACGAGCCCAUCGUCUUUCUGCGGCCCCUGGACGUCCACACGUCGUCCCACUCAGCCCCCGAGCCAUCACUUCGCCGGUCGUUUGCGACGGGCACCUACUUCAACGGCUCGGUUUUCGCCUAUGGCGGCAAGGACGCAUCCGACCAGCUGACCAACUCAUUGCUGGUGUACAAGCCCAUCGGCAUGCCGCACUGGUCCGUCCAGCCGGGCCCAAAUGGGCAGCUGGACCGGCCGACCGACGUGCAUGAAGAGACGCACGGGAGUGACGAGCUGCUGUACCAGAGUGGCCUGAAGGAUGGAGUGGCCGGUGAGUGGGCUGUGUUUGACGUGAGUGAGAGCGGCAGGGUGGGCGGGUCUGGACCUGGGGCGAGAUGUGAGGCUCUUGGCUGUCGCAUUGGGCCCCUGUGGAUCAUCUACUCUGGUUAGUUGAAGGAAACGGGGACACAUGGGCACUCACAAGUAUUGGCUUGUUCUUGUUUGGUCGGGCUUCCGCGUCGUCAGGUCGCAAGAAGGGCGAUAAGGUCGCUAACGACAUGUUUUGCAUCAACCUACUCACUCUGCAGUGGUAGAGAUCACGCCGCAGAAAGGUCGCCACGGUUACACAUUCCAUGAUCCUUCCAGGUCAUCCGUGGGCAUUGAGGGCCUCAUUCCCAGCCCGCCCAAACUCCACCACGUCGGCGCUUACCGAAUUGGCCCAUAUGUCGUCUUCGGCGGUCAGAGCGACAUAGACAGCCCUCCCAAGUACAACUCCAAGGACCCCCAUCCCUGGUCGUGUGGGCCGGCAUUCGAGCUGGCGAUGAGGGGUCACGAGUGUGUGGCGCGCAACGUGUGGAGCUACAAGGCUGUGAGCAGAGUCAGCGGGCAGGAUCUGUUUCCCGCCGAUGAUCGGUGGGUCGCGCAGCAGUGCGUGCAGGGCAUGACACAUGUCGUCGGUAGGGGAGCGAGCCACCGCAAGCAAGACACAGAUGCACCUGCGGCAACCAGGUCACUGCCUCAUCCUUCCCUCCUUCAGAUGAGUGCUUCCUGACGCUCGAGUACAGACCGUUCUCCAUCCUCCACCCCAACCCGCCUGAGUGGUCUUCGCAUUCGCAGCUGUACCGGGAGGACACCGUGCCGACAGUGCCUGUGGCGUCACCCCUGGACAUGGACUGGGAUGCAGAUGGGUCAACGAGGCGAGUCGGGGUCAGGCCAUGUGUGCCGCUGCUGUCAUACUCGCAGGGUGAGUGAAGGAUGGGGGGCGCAGACGCACUUCUGCAGUAUAUAGUGGUGCCUUUCCUGUUUGCGGUCUGUAGGCAGCCCCCACUUGACAGGCGCCUUGGUGACAUUCCAUCGGGGCACUGACCCAAAAGUGAGUGAGAGAGUCAGCGAGCGCCACAAAACGGCUCACUGCACCUUUGCGGCAUCAUCAUUCUCCUGUCUGCAGGAUUUCCGAGGCGUUCUCAGUUCGCAUGAGCUGCCGUGUGAGAGCCUGUGGACGUCACAGCUUUUCGAGCCGCCAGUGCCGUUCAACUACCCCCCUGCCUUCUUCCUGCUCGAAAUGCAAAGGUGAAUAAAUACGAUGCUGGAGAAACGCCCUGAUUGACGCACCCACACAAGUGGUCUGUCCGCCUGUGUCAUGCAGGUUGUUUGAUCGAGGCUACUGCGCCGACUAUGUGCUUCACGUCGACAAGGGUGACGACGGCGUCCACCUCCACCGGUUUCUCCUCCCCUCUUCGCUCGCCACCCAGCUCGACUCAGUCUGCCAGCCGUCAUCCAACUCGCCGCAGCCCGUCCUGCUCUCAUCCCUGCUUCAGGGCACCCCCAUCCCUCCCGCCCCACCGUCUGUCGACCGGCUCGCGUGCCUCCGGUCUGUGUGCCAGUACCUUUACACCGGCCACUUUGGUCGGAUGGAGUGGUGGGCGAAGCUGCCCCGGCUGCUGUCCACCGGCCCUGCUGAUGGGGAGGGCAGGAGCGACACGCAAUUCGGGAUGCUCUUUGACAUGCGGGGCGAUCCUGGGGAGGGCAUGAUGACACAGGAGUGUGUGGGCGAGAUGGCGAGGCUGGCGGGGUGUCUGGCCCUUGAAGGUGCUGGCGACGCGCUGAAAGGGGUGGUGGUGACGGGCAGCGGGUGUGCGGCUGGGGCACAUGAUUCACAUGGAGGUCCGUUUGAGGAAGAGAGACAGGACAGGACAGCGUGAUAGCACUUGGAGCGCCUGUGUGCAGUGAUGCGUCGAAUGUGGGAGCUCCACCGAACUCAGAAGAAAUCCGACAUCACCAUAAAGGUGUGAGGAACUGCGCCAUGAUUUCGUCGCCGCCUCACGGUCCGCUCGUCCCCCUCUGUGUGCAGGUUGAGUCGUGUGAGUUCGAGUGUCAUCGGGCCGUGUUGUCUUGCCGCAGUCUCUACUUCAACAACAUGUUCACUUUGGGAUUCAGUGAGGCCACCGGAGCCCCAGACGACUGCCCCACAGAGUCGCCCACCAAUGGCGGUGAGUAGACACUCGGGGAGGGAGCGAGGGAGGGAGGGUCGGAGGGAGGGAGCGAUAGAGGGAUGGGCACACACAUGUCGUCUUGGUGCAGACCCCUCUGAGUUCCGCCCGGCGAGUGAGCUGUUCUUGCAGGAGCAUGACGAUCUUGCGUCGAGGAGAGGUGUCAGCGGCGCCUCUUCUGUGCCGCCCUCGUCGGUCACUCUCCAAAGCAUCAGGUGGAUUUAAAGAUGGCACGAUCCCAAAUGGUCUGCAGCACUUUGUUGUACGGUCUGUCGAUUCAGUGCGGAUGUGUUCGAGCAUGUGGUCGCUUUCGCUUACGACCCGCUCCACGGCCCAAACAUCCCACCAGCAAUGCUCUCGCAGGUGUUUCAGUCGUAUGCUAUCAUGCACCCGUGCGUAUGGCAACACUCGACUGAUGUAUUGGCCGCCUGGUGUAGGUAUUGGAGCUGAGUCGCUUUCUGGGCAUGCCGUCUCUCCAGCGGCUGUGCGAACAGCGCCUCAUACAACACAUCAACGUCAAAACUGUCAUACAGGUAUGCACCACACACAUACCCAGACAGCCAAGAGGCCCAUUCGCGCUGGUUCCCUCUUGUCAGAUCUUCCAUUUCGCCAUCGAGAUGCGGUGCGCCUUUCUGCUCUACUUCACGUUGCGCUUCCUGCGAGUCUUCCCUCUCCCGCACAAAGUCAAGACCAGCCCAAGCCUUUGGGAGCACCUGCCCGACGCGGCCCUGCACCACCUCUCCCACUGGUUUGGAGUCGACCUCGUCAUGCUGCGCGACAAGAGACGCGCCAAAGACAGUGGCGAGCCGCGUGACCGUUCUCCUGCCCCUCCUGCUGCUGAUGGCGAGCAGACGGCAGAGGCCAAGCCUGCUGAUGGCGAGAAGAAGGGUGACGAGAAGAAGGGCAAGGGCAAGCGGAAGACAGCCAAGGAGAGGAGGGAGGAGGAGAGGACGGCCAGGCAGCGCGCCAAGAAGGAGAGGGAGACGGCCUACCUCAAGGACCGAUUUCGGCGCGUGACGGACAUCCUGUGGAUGGAGAGGGACGUGCGGGUGCUCUUCCAGGUCCUCACACACGCAUACUUCGGGUAUCGCGAGAAGGGCGACCCUGGGGUGAGGUACGGCACGGAGGGGGCGAGGAUUGGUGGUCUCACUGCGACGGACGAGGACGAGCCGGACCCAUUCGAUGAGUACAUGGACCGGAUGGCUACUGAAUGGGACUACACCUACCGCCCUGACCUCGGUGGGCAGCUGGACACCUACCGGUUUAGGGAUUCAGUAGGUCAUUUGUGUGCUGUGUGUUUGUUGCAGAUGCGGAGUUCCGGCUGUACUAUCGCACCUUGGCCCAGGAGAGUGACCUCCGCUUUCUCCACCCUCCAUCGUCUCCCAAAUCCCUCUCGGCGUCACCCGUCACGCGAUCAGGUCGCCAAGACAGAGCCACCACAGCAUACUGUGUUUUUAUUCUGCUCGUGGAUCCGUCUCUGUUUGGUGUAGGUUCGGAUUUGUGUGUGGAUGGGCGCGGUGUGUCGUCAGGUUUAGGUCGUCAGAUAUCUGAGCUGAUCCGUGACAUGCGACACAAGAACCCAUUCGACGUGCUCAAAGAGGAGAUGCAUGACAAUGGUGACGACGAUGAUGAUGCGUGUGAGAGUGACGAAGAGUGUGAGCAAGAUAAGUUGACAUAGGCCAUAUGUACGUGCGUCGUCAGGCAGGUUUGGUCAAGUCAUGUGAUGAUUGAUUGCAUGCGAUACGACAUAGAGGUGUCCUCAAUUCAUUGUUCGCCCC